CACCGUUUAUCUUUUCAAACUCAUUGAUAGCGAUACCAGUCCUUGUCUUUCUCCUUCUCCUCACACAGGCUAGUUGGUGAAGGUUGUAAAAACAAUAGCUGGAAAAUUGUGGAUUUUGAAUCCUCUAACCAACAGACUAAUCAAGGUUUUGCCUAAUGAUAUGCCUAAGAAAUUGAAUUUACUAGACUUUUGCGUUUCUCAAGUUUAUAAAUCCUAUCACGUGCAAUGGGUCUUAAAGUCUCAGGGCCCUGAAUAUUGCGUAGUGAUUUUUUUUUAGUAAAAUCUUGCUUAUUUGGAGUGAUCAAACCAAUCAUUUUUCUCUAAUGGCAAUUGAUAUUCGGGGUCACUUAUUUUGUUUAAAGUCAGGGAUGAGAAGUGGACUAUGUUGAAAGAUCCCUUAAAAGAUGCCAGCAGCAAGAUUGCUGAUAUCAUUGUGUAGAAGGGGAAUUUUUAUGCGGUCGAUCAAUAUGGAGAGACCAUCAAGUAUGAUCCCUCCUUGUUUAACCAGACCAAUGUAUCUUGCACCAUAAAGUAUGAUUCUAACAAGGUAUCUUCCAGCUUAUUUAACGAAUGGGCCAGUAAGAAACAACUGGUGGAAUCAGGCGAACAGUUGUUUCUAGCUGAUAUGUUUUUAGAUAUUGAUUUAAGAGGGAGUUGCGCCGUUCUGGCCCUUCUUGGAUAAAUCCCAUGGAAAUUAAAAUAUACGGGCUUGAUGAAGAACAACAUGAGUGGAUUGCAGUGCAUACAUUGGGUGAUCGAAUUUUAUUUGCUGGUGAUGACUGUUGUUUCUCUGUUUCUUCACUAGAUUUUGGCAACCAAUGUAGAGGAAACUGCGUUAACUAUUCAAAUGGAGGUAUAAUUGUGGACAUCUUGGGGGAGUUACCACCAAAGUUCUAUGACGACGACUUUGAAGAUGAUAUGUACUGUGGUUGUUGUAGUAUUAAUGAUGAUGAUGAUGUUUAUGGUCCAAUUCCUGUUGAUGUUGGUGUUAAACUUAGCAGCAAUGAUGGCAAGAUUGACAAGAAUGACCUUGGUAGCAAAUCAUCUGGUGGUCUUAGCGAGAAACUGAAACUUAGAUAUAAAGGAUUACAGGGUCAUAACACCGGUGUCUUUACCAUACAAGACUGUAAGCUUGGGUCAUUGUUAUCGCACCGUGAAUAUGGAGAUAUUUUCUGGCCACCACCAUCUUGGCUUAAUUCUGAGUCGUCUUUAGACGCGCACAAGAAAGAUGCGUUCACUAGCAGGUAAUGAAGUUGUUAAGUCGUGAUUUGUUUAUCAACAAGGUAUAUAAGUAAUUUAUUCACAUGCUUCCCCUCAUUUUCUUCUUCUGCACUAAGCUAUGUUGUAUUUUAUUGAUUUUCUUGGUGU